AUUGUUGAUGUCCCUCGAAUGCCGAAAAGUGCUUCAAAAGCUCCUGCAACAUCCGGAAGCAGCGCUGAAUUUGGAGAUUCAGCCACAACGUCGACGCCAGUAGUGAAGAAGGAGAAGAAGAAGCGGAAGUUGCAGGACAAGAUCAAGAUGGAGAUCGAGACGCUCGUCCACCGCCGAGGCCUGGCCAAAGGUAAGGUGACAAAAAUCUUGAAAGCUAUUCGCCCUACGGAGACUGCGGAAGUCCGCCAACUAAGCGAGCCGCAAGUCCACGUCUACCUCAAGAAGUUGGAAACUGCUCAAAAGGAGUACAUGUCCAACCACGAAAGCAUCCUGGCCAUGGUCGACAUGGAGGGUCGUAAGCAAGCUGACAAGCACUACGAAGAAUUUGACGACCUCCAUGACAAAGUAGCCCUCAUGCUCGAAGAGCAGUUGCUCGGGUUCAAUGCCACAAGGGCAAACGGAACGCUGAACGCAACUGCACCCCCGCAAGCCCCUCAACCCCCUGUCAUUGUUCACCAGCCCUUGAGAAUGCCAAUCCCCUCGUUCGACGGCCGCUACGAGAGUUGACCGAAGUUCAAGGUUCUGUUCAAGGAAGUGGUCGACAAGGCGCCCGAUCCGCCAGCGGUGAAGCUCUACCAUCUGGAACACGCGCUGGUGGGGGGUGCAGUUGGGUCGAUCGACGCGAAGACCAUCAGCGAGGGCAACUACGCUCAUGCCUGGGAGAUUCUGGAGGAAAAGUACGGCAACAAGCGUCACACGAUCGAUCGGCACAUCCACGGUUUGCUGAACCUGUCGAAGAUGAACAACGAGGACCACGUCGAGCUGAGAGGCCUGGUGGAUGAGUGUACAAGGCACGUCGAGAGUUUGAAGUUCCUGGGACAAGAGUUCACGGGAGUAUCGGAGCUGAUCGUGGUCCAUCUGCUCGGCGCAGCGCUGGACAAGGACACUCGGAGACUCUGGGAGUCAGAAGUCAAGAACUGUGACCUGCCCAAGUACGACAAGAUGCUGCAGUUCCUGAAGGCCCAGUGCUUCGUCUUGGAACGCUGCGAAGACCUGAACCAGAAGCAGCCAACGGUCCAGCCUAAGCCGGUCGUCAAGUCGACCCAGAAGUCGUACGCCAUGUCAACGUCAAAGUUCGAGAUCACAUCGGAAGACAGGUGCGACAUCUGUGGCAAUGGCCACAAGAACCACGCUUGCCCAGUGUUCAAGGAACUUCCGAUGCCGCAGAAGCUGGUCAAGGUUCGGGAGCACAACCUGUGCUUCAACUGUCUCAAGAGGGGACACCCCAGCAAGAAGUGCACUUCACCUGGAACCUGCUCGAAGUGCAAACUACGCCACCAUAGUCUGCUCCACUCGGAAGGAAGUCCAAGGCCGGAACGGAAGGUAAUUUCUCAAGUGCCCCCGGAACAAGCUCCGGAGGUCCAACCUGAAGAAGCAGCUCAACUGACAACCGCCAGUUGCCACAACGUGACGCCAACCCAACAAGUGCUGCUUCUCACGGCUGUGGUGGACAUAAUGGACAGAAACAACAAGGCCCACCCCUGCAGAGUUUUAUUGGACAGUGCGUCACAAGCCAACCUGAUCUCGAAGUCCAUGGUGGAGUCGCUGGGCUUGAAGCAGUUUCCGUCCAACGUCUCCGUGGCAGGCAUCGACAACACGAAAACCCACGCUUCAACUGGCAGCGUGGUCCAACUACGUUCGAGGUACUCCAGCUUCAGCGCCAACGUCAAGUGCUUGGUAACGGAAAGGGUCACGGCCGACCUUCCCACAUCCGCAGUGAACGUCCGCAACUGGGAGCUGCCGCCUGGAGUACAACUUGCGGACCCGUCUUUCCAUCAGCCAGGAAAGGUGGAUCUACUGCUGGGUAAUCAGUUGUUCCUGAAGCUGCUGUUGCCCGGAGAGGUCCAGUUGUCGGAGCACCUGCCAAUGCUACGCGAGACUCAGUUAGGCUGGGUCGGUGGCGUAUGCGAUGAAGAAGAAGAAACAGCAGCAGUGGUUCACUCGCACAUGGCCAUACUGGAAAACUUGAACCUGGAAGCAGGCGAAGCCAAGAUCAUCGCAGAGAACUUGAAAGUCGACAAGGCGGUGUUCGCCUCCGACGGCAUCCCGCAAGCGUUCAAGGAAUCGCAGCUAAUCCAACUGUGCAAGACAGGUGGAUUCGAGUUGCACAAGGGGUCGUCGGAUAGUCCGGAAGCCGAACGCGAGGAGCUGGUCAGCGUUGGAGGAACUGAAGUCAACGAGGUGAUCAAGGCUCUGGAUCUGUUGUGGAACCCCACUGCAGACAAACAACCUUUCCCGCCGCUGCCAUCUGUGCGAGCUGGGCGGCCAGAGACAUCUCAAGUGUUCUCACUCGGCGCGAGCUUUUCAUCCUUUGUGGAUUCAAACCUUGACCUCAAGAUGAUCCGAGAGCCGCGUAGGGUGGUGGCUACGAACGCAGCUGCUGACGAGCUGCACAAGUACGCUGACGCGUCAAAGCACACGUACGGAGCAGAACUGAAUUUGAAGCUGGUGCCAAAGACGGUCAACACGAUUGUACGGAGUGAGCUGCUAGCCGCGCGCUUUUCACACAUGCUGGUCAAGAACGUCUUGGUGUCUUCCCGAGAACUGCGGUGCAUCUACGCCGCCAAGGUGGCCAGCCGAAGACUUGAGAUAAUAACGUACACUAACCUGGAUCUGGGCAACAUAGUCCGAGUCAUUGACUUGCGGACACGUCGCAAAGUUUUGAAGCGGCCGAUCCUGUACAACGCCGCUUCCGGUGGGGAGGAUGUUCGGGCCGAAAGCUGUCAGCCCGAAGAAAAUUUUACGAGUGAGCAGUGUCCAACCCCACGGCUACUGCGAUCGACGACAAAGCUGGCAACCGCGCGCCGUUGACGACGGUGCGAGAGUGAGAUAGGAGACAACGACGAAACGACAACGAUCGAGAGGAGAGAUUUUGGCGCGCGAACAGCACGAACGAGAAUUUUUCUGCGCGUCGAGUCGAGGACCAAACAAGUUCGCCGCAAGCAGCCGAAGUGAUCGGACGGAAGUCGCGGAUCGCGAGUUUUUCUGAACAAACAAAAAUUAGUUGCUAAAUAGAAGUUAAGGAGAGAAAAAUGUGUUUUCUUUUGUGCUCACGAUAAUUCGAUCCUCCAAGUGAAAGUGGUUCCCAAGUCCGCCGGAAGAGUUUGUGCAAAAAAUUACAGUCCACUAUCGAAAACGUUCACCAGGUCACGAAGUAACGAGGGAUUCAUCAGGUGCGCUUGUUGGUUUGCUCCUUUCAGGUGUCCAACUAAAUUUUGCACCACAACACCAAAGCUGAUCAGUGUUUCUAGUCGAUCGGCCUUAGGCGAGAGAGUACUCUUUACCUUUUCUGAUAAUGAUUGUAUGAGCCUUGCUGGAUUUACAAAAAUCAUUUCCAACGUUUCCAAAACUUGAGGAACAGUCGAUGGAAGGAUUAGAUUACUCUGAACGGUUUCCCUCGCAAAACCUUGAAAAAAAUUUUGCAAGCGUAUCAAAUUUUCUGCGUCCGUGAAACCGCACAUCUCCGUUGAAUACCGCACAUCUCCGUCGAGUAGCUACCACUAAUAAAUAGCGGCCAGUCUUCUGGGUAGCCCGUAAAGAUGGGCAGUUCCAUCGGGACAACCUGCCGUGCUGCCAUCUGUUGCUGGAAUCGGUGGAAGCACAUCUGAAACCGACGGUUGCGGUGUUAAGGGUGCCGCCGUAGCAUAUCCGACAGGCUGCGUACUCAACACGAACGGGAUCUGGCCGGCCACUGUAGUCUGCGUGAAGAACUGGUUAGCCGUCGGUGGCAGAAUCGACGCUUCUGCUGGCUGCAGUGGCAGCACAUUUGACGCCGCUGGUUGUGGCGCGGAGAACCUUGCUGCGGGCAGCAACGUAUCAUUUCCAACAAGCUGCGCGCUCGGCAUCUGUCCAAUCGCUGCAGCCUGCACGAAGAACUGGUUUGCCGCUGGUGGUACACUAGUCGCACCUGCUGGUUGCGGUGGCAGCACAUUUGACGCAACCGGUAGUGGCGCGGAGAAUCGGACUGUCGGCGGCGCCGUAGCAUUUUCAACAAGCUGCGUGCUCGGCGCGACCAGGAUCUGUCCGGACGACGCUCGCUGGUCUACAAUCGCCAGAUUCCCGGUUGUCGUUGUCGGAAUUGGCUCGCUCAGCCCUGUUUCCACUACUGGUUGAUGAACAGCAGGUGUACAAAUCUCCAUUGAAACCUGCGCCGGUCCGAGCGUGGAUGGCUGAGCUGGUAUGAACACUGUAAAGGAACGUUGAUUUGUAAGGCCAAGUUCAUUCAGUCCAACUUUAAGAGGUACCGUAAACUGGGGUGACUUUGAUAGGUUUUUCAAAUGCCCGUCAAAUUAAUAUCUAAACAUUUUUGAGAAUUUUGAGUAUGUAAGCAUUAAGGGAUAGCUUAUCAACGAACAUAUAUGCAAAAAUGUAACUGUUAGAUUGGAUGUAUCAAAAUUAGUGGCCAAAUCAAAUCUCUAUCAAUGUCACCUCAAAGUCACCCCAGUUUACGGUACUGUGAAGUUUGGGUGAUGUGUGUUGCCAAGCUUAGAUGAAAACAAAACUGUUCCCAUCCGCAGUGGGCCUUUGUUGUGGUAUUUUGAACCGCUGCUAGUAAUUGUGGUUUGGAUUCAGGUAACAGGCACCAAAGAAGAACAAGGAGGUAGUACCUACAGUAACUACAAAUACGGAUACCCCAGCGAUGAACCUUCAGUCGAGAACAGAACACUGAUGAAGUCUGCAAGUAGUAGACGAAAUACGUAUCUGUCAAGAUAUUAAAAAUAUAUAGCGGAAUUAAAAGGAACAACUAGUCUCUUUGUAUUCAUAGUCGCUGCUAGUAGUUGUGCAAUCAUCUUUUUCUAUUGUAUCCGCUAAAGUUAAAGAAUAUUUUCGAUCGAGAUACUCCUUGUCCAAUUUUUUUUUCCAUGCGCGCCUUUCUUGUUCGUGUUGAACUGCAAUCGCUUCUCUCUGACUUGCUUCUCUUCAUCGAGUUUCAGCAGCUCGACGUCGUCGUGCUAUCAUGUCGCACCCGCCAUUUUGACGUUCCGAGAUAAACGCGUUUUAAUGUUUGACCUUGAAUAAACAAAAACGAAAGCACGCAAUGUAAACAAUAACAAACACGUUUUGUUUGGCUGACCAUUCUGUGCAUUGUCCCGAAGUUUGGUUGAAGUUGGUUGCUGGAGUCCCGAGUUAUAAUUAAAAAUGUUUACGGUAGUCUAACUUGUACGUGCGUCAAACGCAUCCUGACCUGAAAUCCCUUUGCCCUUUGUCGCACUUACAUCAAUUUUCAGGGAGUGACAAGAUAGCACGACAAGUUUUAAACUUCUUUUAUAUGCAGAGUGACAAAAAUUUUCGGAGCUUUUUUAGUAUUCAUUGAAUAUCUCAGGAUUGAAAUCGAAUUUUGGGGAUCUGUGAAGGUCAAAAGAUGAGGCAUUGUGAGCUGCACAAAAUGGCGUUCUUAACUCAAUUUGGCCCAAAAUGCACGUACGACAAGUUAGCACGACGGCGACGAGCUCCACUUUGAUUCUCAACGAUCGUGAGCUGCUGUUGGAUCGAAUGGAUCUUCCAGAUCCACUCACCACACAAGGCGCAACACAUGUUCGCGUCCACCUCCACAAGUUCCGUGAUACCAAUAGCUACACCGUACGCAAGUUAUCAAUAAUUAUGUGUUGAUUCAUGCCUAGAAAUGCUAAAAGUUUAUUAAACUUUUUAGUCCCAUUGAAAAUUUCAAAGAAUUUCAUAUUUCGAAAAUGUCGAAAGUUAAAUCAUUGCUACCCGAUUUGAUUCCCACCAAAUUUGCUCUCGAGUUUGCCCCCGAGUCUCCCACCGCGCGUAGCAAAGCAGGUAUCAAAUUUGAUCUUGAUUUUUUUAAAUUUUUUUAAUUUUUUUAAUUUUUUUUAAAUUUUUUUAAAUUUUUUUAAAUUUUUUUAAAAUUUUUUUAAUUUUUUUAAAUUUUUUUAAAUUUUUUUAUUUUUUUUUAAAUUUUUUUAAUUUUUUUAAAUUUUUUUAAAUUUUUUUAUUUUUUUUUAAAUUUUUUUGAGGCCGUUGCAAAUAAUUUUUAAGUUUAUGUCCCUCGACUCUGAUCAGAGUCGAGGGGGGGCAAAAAAAUAAAAAAAAGUUAAAAAUUGAAAUUGCAGGCCCCGAAUGAAAAAUGUGUUUUAAAAUGCAUCAUACAUAAGGCUACCAACUCUUGCUGAGCAAAAAUCCGUACACUUUGCCGAUAUGACAGCAUGGUAUAACCAAAACUGUUAAGGAAUUAUUUAUAUAAAUGAAAUUGAAUAAAUUUGAGAAUUAAAAAUAUAAAACUGUGUCGUUUUUACAGCUCAAAAAUUUCAAAAAAUGCUAUCAAAGUGCACGUUUAAAAGUAUUCAUAAAAAACCGUGAUUUGAAUCAAAACAUUAGGUCUAUUCCCGUACUGGCAGAAUUGCAGAAUUUCUGCAGCUUCUGCAUCCAGCAAAAGUCACUUUUUGCAGCACGUUCCCGUACUUUUCAGCUCGCUCCCUUCAUCUCUCUCUUUUGCAGAAGUUCUGCAAGGAGAGAAACCGCAAAACUUUUGCCUGGCUAGCGCGUUCCAGCACUUUUUCUGCAAUAUUGUACACAGUUGAGUGGAUUUACUCAAUUUGAGUAUUAAAGAUUUUUUAAAUUAUUUCAAUUAUUACCUCUAGAACGGGGACAUUAUUGCAGCUCAACAUCUUAUUUAAAAAAUCAAACAUGUGUCAUUUAUUAAACUAGAAAUUAAUUAUGCUUAGGUAGAAAUUAUACAUUAGAAACAACUCAAAACUUUUACAUUAGGUAAACAAUUUAAGAAAUGAGAAUGGCAGGUACGUUUAAAAAACAUGACUAAAAAACAAGCAAUGGUUUAAUAUAGAAGGGACCAUAAAUACAUUUUUUAUAGCAAAAUGUUUGAAAGAUUAUUCAGGAGAACAUACAUAAAUUAUGACUGGAUAUCACAUGGAAGAACAACGGUGACGCAGCAAAAUUGACAAAUUUAAAAAAAUAAAUGAAUCACAAACUCAAAAAUUUUGAAACUCAUAAAUUUUGAAAUCUGAAAAUUAAGAAAUUCCUAAUUGAAAAUAUAAAAAACUUAAAUUUUCAAAUUGAGGAACUUAAAAAAAAAUAAACCAGAUAUUAGAGAAAUUUAAAAAUGCAAAUAUUUAUAUCAGAAAAAAAACAAUAAAUCAUAAAUUCAAAGCUUAAAAAUACAAAUAAAACUAAAACUGUAAAAUUUCUAAAAAAUUUAAAUUCUGUAAAUAACAAAAUUUAAAACUCAAAUAUUAAAAUAAAUAGAAACAGUUCUUACUCUAUUUUCCGAAGAACUCGUCAAAAUGUUCAAUCUUCAAAUCCUCUAAAUCUGAGUUUCUAACGAUUCCAAAAAAAAAUACUUUUUAUGAUUCAAGAUGGCGUUUUUAAGAAGUUCCGAAUUUUAGAAUUUUAAACUUCCUAAAAUUUAAGAAUUCGACAAAAUUACAUCAAUUCUUUGGUUCAUAUAAGAAUACAAAUUGGUAGCACCGUUAAAGGUACAAUUUAUUAUUUGCCAAUUAAAUUUACCUAUUAUUUAAACACACAUAUUUAGUCCAUUCAAAAAGUUAUCAACUUUUUAUCGGGUUAAAAUCUUGAGUUUUUUUUUUGAAAAGGUCUAAUAAGCUUUGUCUUCCAUAUGUCGAUAGGACCUAUUAAAAAAAAAACUCUGGAAAUAUUAACACUAAAAAAUCGCUAUAUCAUUUACAUUAAUGAACUAAGCCUGAAAUCGUUAACAAAAAAAAUCGUUCUCAAUAAACCAGACUUAAAAAAAAACAAACUACCAAAAAAUCCAUCAAUCCAAUAUAUACAAACGUCCCUUGAAAAGACUAAUUUAAUUUAGUAACAAUAAAACAUAAAAUUUAUUACAACUAAUAAUGAAAUGCUUGAUUCACCCAAAUUGCAAACUUUAUGUAAGCGUGUACUCAACAUCCAUCACACCAACUUGCAGUCACUUUUCAACAAGAAAGAGAGGAGAGAGCUUGCAGAAAAGUACGGGAACGGUUUUGCUGCAACUUCAGCCUCUCUCAUUGCAGAAGUUCUGCCUGGGAGAAAAGUUACCUUUGUUGCAGAAAAGUACGGGAAUGCUCUGCUGCCGAUUUCGUGCAGAAUUGCAGAAUUCUGCAGUACGGGAAUAGACCUAUUAUGUUCUUAAGUUUUUUGUUAAACGUUUACGAAAUGUCAAGUUUGCUUUAACGAAUAAUAACGUUCUCAGUGUUUUCACGAACACAUUUAAAAAAAAUAUUGAAAAGGUCCUAUAACAUGUGAAACACAACAGUUUAUAGGUCCUUUUAAAAAAACUCUUGAUUUGUUUAUUCAAAUGUUCACAGGUUUUCACAAGUUUUACAUGGCCUUUGGAUCUUUUAAUGAAUAAAUUAAUAAAUGAACCAUUCGAGAUUUUUUUAAAAGGUCCUAUCAACAUAUGAGGACAAUAGUUUAUAGGACCUAAAAAAAACUCUAGCCUUAUUGAUAAUCAAGUUUGAAUUGAGGAAAACCCGGAAAACUGCCUUUUUAAAUCAAACUCACAGUUAAAUAAAAAUAAAAAUGUCUAGUUAACAAAAAGUUGUUAAAAUUCCGUACAAAUCCUUAUUAUGCGAAAAAAUUCCUACAAAAAUUCCGGCCUGUUAAAAAUCCGCGAAGAGGGUCGAAAAUCCGUAUGGUAAGGAAAAAAUCCGUACAGUUGGUAGCCUUAAUCAUACACCUGUCCAGUUGUUUUGCAAUCAUUGAUUUCCAAAAUUUUCAAGUACUGACGAAAAUUUUAUUUUUGCGAGAAAAAAAGUUUUUGCUGGAAUUUCAUAAAAGUUCAAAAUAUUUUUAAACAAGUCCAAACAUGUUAAAUAUGAUUAUCAAUGCAGAAAAAGGCAUUUUAGAUUGUUUUUCAGUUGAUUAGACUUCUAUUUCCAUUGAAAUUUUAAUAUUUUUUUGAAAAAAAUAUUUUUUUGCCCCCUGACUUUUCGGAUUUUUUUUAAAUUUUUAAUUUUUUUUUAAAUUUUGUUAAAUGUUUUUAAUUUUUUUUAAUUUUUUUAUUUAUUUUUUUAGUUUUUUAAUUUUUUUUAAUUUUUUUUAAAUUUUAUUUUAAUUUUUUAAAUUUUUUUAAAUUUUAUUUUUUUUACAUAAAAAAAAACAAAUAAAAAAAAUUAUUUUCCGUGCAUCAUUCAAUUUUCCGUGCAUCAUUCCAUUUGCCACAGUAGCAAACCAGCAGCAUAGCGGGUAGCAAAAAGAAAUCCCGAAGAACUGAGAGCAAAUUUGCUACCGCGACAGGUACCGCGGUGGGGUUGACGUCGGGUGCAAAUUUGAUUUGCUCCGAUGUUUGCUACCCGCGCUGGAGAUGCACUUAAAAGAAUGUUGCCACCGGAGGAAUUAAAGUCAGCAUAUUUUAGCGAACAGUUUGUUUAUUUGUCACUGUUGCUUUUAAGCUAUAACAUAAGUAAACAUUAGAAUCUGCAUGUUACAUUUAACAUAAUUUAUGCUUACAGUUAGGUGACUUUCCAUGACACCUCUUCGAUGAAGGCUUAAGACAAUCGAUGCUUUACCACUAGUUCUAAUAGUAAAUAAGUAUUAAAUCAAAGUUUAGGCGCAAGCUCAGGAAACUUACAGUUUUAGUGCGCAGAAAUAAUAAAAUUAAAAAUUCUCUACAGAUUUCAGCAAAUAUUUGAUCGGCUACUGCACCUGAUUACGUCUGCUAGCACAAAGAUAUUGUAUUUCUAUCGUGACAUUUUCCCUAUUGUUGGACGACAUGUGACAACUUAUAGCACGAGGGGUACCGGUGAUCUUGUUCGAGCCGUGCUCCCAGUACCAACAGUAAUAUUUUUGUGUGUGUAAUAAUUCCCAUAAUCCUUUUAAUCCUAAUAUUUAGACUUCUAAACAAACAAGUGAUUUUUGUGAUAAAAUGCUAAAACCAAUUUAAUUCAAGCUAUUAAGGAGCGGCCGUGGCUGACUGGUUACGGUGUUCGCUUUGUAAGCGAAUGGUUCUGGGUUCGAUUCCCAUCUGCUCCCAACGAGAAAGUUAAGAACACAUGAAUUUGAAAUAAUGAAUAUGAACGAAAAAUCAAAGUUGCUCGAGGCGGGGUUCGAACCUCCGUCCUUAGGAUUGGUAAGCAAAAAUGCUAACCACUAGGCCAUGACGACUUGGUGAGCGUGGACUGGAAUUAGGAAUACUGUUACAGAGAGCGAGUUGUGGCGCUAUAACCACGGCAAAUAGUGUCCAGGGCAUUCGUGGAAAUACAAUGUCCCAUCCCAGAGGGUCCCGGAGUACCAAACCUUCUUAGCAUGGUGCUCCCAACGAAUACAACCAAAUCUCGGAGCGUAUGGUGGUGUGUCCCCACGCUUCUUCCUCCCCUGUCGAUUCAGAAUUGUGUUGUUGUUCGAACACUCAGUGCUCAAACUCAACCCAAUUACGAGUCAUCUCUGCGAUACGGCUUUACGCAGUAGGCCUGGCCGCUUUAACGCUUGUGAUGUUUCAAUGCAUUCUAAUGCAAUGGCGCACUACAAAUGUUAAUAAAUGACAAGAAGAGUGCUAGGCGUCAUCUAACCUAAGGCACUCUCCAGGAUCCCUUCGAAAGAUUGGCUGCGCUAGGGUCUGAUUAGAUUAGAUUAGAUAAAACCAAUUUAAUUCAAGCUAUUAAUUACCAGUUAAAUUCAUGUGUUUUAUGAUUAUCAAAGUGCAAACUUGACAAAUCGAGGGUUGGUUCGCGUAAAUGCAUCGAGAUGUUUAUAAUGCAACAUGGAGUUAAACUUUCUGUUCUGGUGCUGUGAAGUUUACCAUGACAGUUGCGAAAGUUUAACUCUAUGUUACUGGCUCACAUCUCUCUUUUUAAUUUCUCGAUAUCUAUCGAGCGGUCAAAUCUGCAACAUGGAGUUAAACUUUCUUUGAAGUUUACCAUGAAUCAUGGAAAAGUUUAACUCCAUGUUGUACGCACACACUCUCAAACCGACUCCGUGGCUUAAUGGUUGCGGCUUCUACCUCACAAGCAGAUGGUUCAGGGAUCAAAUGUUGGUCGGUACCUUUGAAAUUUGGAAACAGGAAUUUGAACUUUGAAUAUGAACAAAAGCGAAAAUGAAUGAAACCUUUGGAUUGGUGGUUGGGACGCUAAGUAGUCAGCCAUCAAAAGGUUUACACUCUAGUAGUGAACUGAUCCGUAGUGUCGAAAAUUGUCUUCUUCUCUUAUUAAAUACGCGCUGAUCCCUGAUUUGCCUGAGGGGAUUGGAAGUCUAAAUAUAGAUCGAGGAUCCAUCAGAUGCUUGCUUCUAUGUUUAGGGGGCCGAACAAUGCGACCUCGGAAUUGGACCGCAAGGAGCUCUGUCAUUCUAAAAUGCGCCGUUAGAAGCUGCGCGAGGGCUACCAUCACCUAAUACCCAGGACUUAGAUAAACUGUAUCAGAAUAUAAAAAGUCUGAUUCAAAUUAUACUUUCCCAUCAUAUCGGUACCGGCUAGCGGGUAUUGAAUUGACACACACACACACACACACACACACACACACACACACACACACACACACACACACACACACACACACACACACACACACACA